AUGAGGAUUUGCGGAAAAAUCUUAAAAAAUCCUCUCAGCCUACACGCUCACUUGAGGAGUAUUCACACCACGCGUGAACGACCCAGUUGUGCCACGUGUCAUCGCGUCUUCUUCAACUCGGUCAACUUACGGGAACACAUCAAAGUUGUCCACAGCACGAAGGAACGACCUCGGCUCCCGUGUACGUUUUCUGGGUGUGAGAAAACCUUCCUAUACAAGGCAGACGUUUCGAGACACGUAAAAACUAAACAUGCCGAUAAUCCGGUCCGAUUUCCGUGCACGUUUUGUGGAAAGGACUUCAAAACCAGGGUUGAACUUGAGGAUAACAUUUUCACCCACACGACCGAGAAGCCCUACAAUUGUGCCACUUGUGGGAGGAGUUUCUCCAAAAAAUCGAACAUGAAAAGUCACGAGGAGACGCAUUUGGAAAAAUCUACUCGAGAAGUGUCAAAGUGUCACCUCUGUCCUCAGACCUUCACAAGUCAACGUGCGCUACAAUGGCACAUCCGAACUGUGCAUGAAAAUGAGAGGAAUUAUUCGUGCUCAUUUUGUGCCAAGAGGUUCACGACGGCACCAUCUUUGAAGAGUCACGUGGAGGCGAGACACCCCACGAACAAGGAGAAGAUUCAUUCCUGUGACAAAUGCGAGUACAAGGGUUACUCGAAAGUGAAUUUAGCUCAGCACGUGAGGCGUCACAAUGCUAAGAAGAAAAACGUGUGCUACUUUUGCAAGAAGGCGUUCAUCACGUUCAAUGAUUUGGUCAGACACUGCAGUCGGGUUCAUUGUCUCGAAAAGUAAAAGAGCAAAUAUGUUUUAAUGGGCGUAUGCAUAAAGACAAGUUAUCUUUAUGCAUAAGGUUAUCUUAGAUAAACUUCUUGGUUAAUAUAUUUUAGUAAUUUUUAUGGGCUGCACAAAUGACUUUAGGAUUGGGUUUGAUUAAAUAUUAUUGAUCUUUUUCAAUUGUAAAAUUUUCCACACACUCGUAUCUUUGUAUCUUUCUUAAUACUCGGAAUUGGGUUUAAUAAGUAAUAUAUUUACAUGUGUGUUCGUAAAUAUGUCAUGAGUUGAG